AGCCACUCCAGUCCAAGGAAGCUAUUCACUCUUAAGCUUCCUCGCUCCAGUCAGUGUUCGUCAGUGGAUUUCGACCACUAACCUACUACAGCUUCACCCCCGGGUCUCCUGCUGAGCUAGUAGGGAGUGGUGAUAUGCAGGGACUCUCAGUAGUUGAAUGGUUAGUGUGGGCACUCCAAUGGCUCACACUCCGCCCAGAUGUUACGAUGGGGUCGUCCCCCCUCCCGACAGUGUGCCCGCUGAUGGCGACUUCCUGGUGCAGACGUUGGUGUUCGAACCACUCUGAAUGACUACUAUUUCUCUUCUCUGUGAGGAAAUAAGUCUCCAGGAAGAACUUUGUGACAUUCUUCGAUGGAUAAGCAGGCGUGAUGCGUGACAGUGAUGGAGACAGUGCGGGCCUUCUACGAAUAUCCCCCAUCCCAUGCCAGCAUGCCGGCCAGGGACUAUGGGGGAAGUGUGACCCCAGCCAAGGCCAGGCGGUCAUGGGGGGACCUGUUGAAGUUUCGUUCCCGCCCCAAGGAACGACAGCUGUCCCCAGCUAUUGGCAAUCUCCCUCAGCCACCCUUGCCUGCCCCAGUGACUCACAACUACAUGGCAGAGUACCGGCAAAAGUAUGGCGGCUACAGCGGGACAGUGGGGCGCACAUCUUACCAGGCCCUUCGGGUGGUGCAGGGCAUAUCCACAUCGCCGGGCCUGACUGUACCAUCUCCUCUGAACAGCCAUGCCAGCAAGACCACCAUGUCUUCUACUGUACGCUACACUGACUGGUUUGGCUCAGUGGCAGGGCGGCGGCCACCUGUUCGGCCACCCCUUCCUGCCUUUCCAGGAGCACCACCACCAAGUCUCCAUGCUUCUGAGAAGAGUGCUGCUUGGGACCAUUAUGUGACUCUUGAUCCUGUGUAUGAGGCACCGCGUGUGGUGCCAGUGCAGCUGUACACUAAUGUGUGUGUCUGUCCAGAACAGCUUUUAAAUACCAGAAGCAAGAAAAAAAAGAAAUGCAAAAAGUGUGGGAGAAAGGUGGCCACUGUACGUCAUGCUACUGCAGGUAUGGUUGCCAAAGUCCGACCAGCAAUACCAACCAACCUAUAUCAGCCCUCAACGGCACGUGCUCCUGUGGCCACACCACGGGCCUGGGGCUGGCAGGUGCUGGAGGAGCAAGUGUAUGAAAGGUAUGAAGUUCAGACACGCCAGAACCCUGUCCCUGUAACACAUGCUCACAGUGAGGAUGAGUCGCCCACCACCACACCUGAAACUAUCCGGAGCGUGAAGAGCAUUCGUAGUACCAAGAGUGGCCGGAGCAACGACAGUUCAACAACCAUCACCCGGGAUGCACUAGAGCCCUCACGACCUGCUCCUCCCCCUCCUCGCAUGCUUCCUUCAGUUCCAGAUGACCAAAAUAUAGUCACAAAUUCAUUUAGUGCCAAAGAAACCUCAUCCUCAGGUGAGCUAGGUGAUAAACGAAGCUCUAUUUUAACAGAAAAUCCAACGGCGUACCAACUUCUCACCAGCUUUGGUGGUGUUCCUGACCCUCACCACAGCUCAGACCCUGAUGAGUUGAGUGACAAUGCUGUGGACACCUCAUGGGAUGCAGAGGCCACCACACCUACUAAAGACUCUCACACUGGCACUGUGAUAACUGUUGGCAGUAAUCAUUCACAUGAUGAGACUACUGCUUGGCCAGUUGCUGACAAUGUGACACAAAACAAAAUUAAGAUUUACACAAACAAUGAUGGUACUGUUUACAGUUCUGGUGUUAAUGAUUCAAAAGAAAAGUUUAAGGACAUUCCAUAUGAUUCCAUUUAUGAAACUAGUGGAACUAAGAUCAUGUUGUCUUCUACAUCUAAUAAAAAUAAUAUAUUGUCUGAUAAGAGGAUGAAUUCAUCAAACAUGCAGAGUCCCCUAUCAAGUUUCAGUGUUACUUCAUGCAACGGUAAACAAAGUUCCUCAUCUCCCAGUAAAGUAGGUUCUAGGAAUAAAAGUAAUUCUACCAAAAAAUCUGUAAUUGAGUCAGCCAGCCAUGAAAGAAAAAAUGGCCUGAAAAAUAGUCAUAGUUCCAGCCUCAUCAAUGGAAGUAGAAAGAAUGUGUCUCAAGAUGUGAAGCAUGUGACAGUGAGCAGUCAGAAUAAUGCAGUAGGGGUUGGUACCACCACUAAUGGUCCAAAGUUGGAGGUAAAGAAACUCCGAGAGGCAAGUGAGCUCCAGCAGGGUGGUAACACUGUUCGUAUUGCUGGCCAACGCAUGCUCGUCCUCACCCCUGGAGCACCUCCCCCCGAACCUCGAUCAGGAUUCUCAAGUGGUGAAGAUGAGAAUGAUACCAGUGUGGAGGAUGACACCAGUGACUACCCUCUGUCCUCCCCCUCACGAGGUUCUGACAGUGACACCUUGCCAGAGGAGGAGGAUCUGCCAAUGGACUCGUCUGAUUCAUCAUACAGAUAUCCUGAUUCCAACCUUGACUCUGCUGUAUCUAGUCUUAGCUCUUCAGCUUUUUCUUAUGAGGGAUCAGCAGCUGUGAAUGACUGGUGGCCUGCUACCAGGGACAUUAUUUAUGAGGAAGAGGAAACAGGUGAAGCAGAUAAACUUAGUAAUGAAAACAAAGAAGAAACUGAGCCAAAUGAUGGUAACUCAUCCUCACUUGGAGAAGAGGAGCAAAGUGUGACCUCAUCCUCAGCCAGCUCUCCAUUACGCCCUGAAGGUCUCCACCCAACUCUUUCUGAACUACUCAAGGUUAAGUCCAUCUUGAAAAAGCCUCCAUCUGUGGAUACCAGUUCAGAGACUGACUCUGACUUCUAUCUCCCAACCAUGGAGUUUAAGCAGAACCAAAGAAAGAAAAAACAAGUGCAGUUUAGACCUUCACAUGAUAUCACAGUCAUUGAGGAUGCUGGAGAAUCUAAGGGCCGCAAAGUGUCUUCAGCUAGAUCUUCUAAAAGGGACCAUGAAAAAGAAAAUUGGAAAAAUAACUACAAUCUGUUUUCUGAUCUUCAAGACAUUUAUGCAAGAAAUAACAUGUCUAAAGUGUACAAGCCACAAGUCAUAGACAGUUGUGUUGAUUCAAAAAAUGAGGAAAGUGUACAUAGUGAAUGUGAUGACUACCAGGUAACUGAAAUGUAUAAUAAUGAAAACAGUGAACAACUGCAACAUGAAAUUGAGGAAGAAGCACAAGAGAAUGGUCAGCUGGAGCCUGAAAUAUCACUCUUGGAUUCCAAUAACUCUGCUCAUCUUGAGUUUAAUGGGAAAGAGACGUGGAGUGCGGACCAAGAACAGGGAAGCUGCGAAGGGGAAGGUUUGCUAUCCGACAGUCACCACCGGUCCAGACUCCACCGUUGUCUGAGUGAGCGUCAGACUCCAGGUGAGAGCUUGCCAGACCUUCAGGAUGCUGUCAUCAACCAUCUCAACCCACACAACAAGCCUCCAGACACAACCUCAGCCAACACUUCAUCUUCGGUUCCAACUCGCCAAGCUCCUCCACCACCCAGGAGCCGAACCAUGAGCCCCACCAGGCCCAGUGUGCCGCCCCCUCCCCCACCCACGGGGAGACCAGCAGCAGCAUGUGCAUCACCUUCCAAGUCAUCUCCACGGGAACGACCUCUCCCGUCCCCUCCUCCUCCUCUGCCCUCAAGGCCUCCUCCUGAGUCUCCACCACCAUCUCCUCCUCCUCCAUUACCAACAUCUCCUCCUCCUCCCCUGGAAGAUGCAGAAAAGAUAACCAUUGUUAAUUUCUCAGCUCAUGAUUCUUCAUCUCCCCAAAAUCCAACUUUUCAUAGCUUCAAAGCCUCUGAUAAUUCACUGCAUCCAUCAGCCAAGCUGAUUUCUUCACCAUGUCAUGGAUCUUCCCAAGAAAAUCCACAAUCCAAAGAUGAACUUCGAGAAGUUCUGCCUCCAGUGGGACACAUUGCUAUGUUUGGUGGAGGUGAAGAAACUAGAACUGCAACCAUCAGGGGUCGAGGGGCUGGCCACACCCGACCUUCAUUUUUGGGAACAUUUGUGGCUGGGGUGUCUCCUAACACUACCAUUCAAUCUAGUCCACCACAAGCUCCACGCAGGCGUAACAGAAACCAUUCCCAAAGUCCUGAGGCUCGUGCUGGUACCACAAGGAAUUCUAGACAUAAACUGGAAGGCCACAGCUCCCAAAUGUCUUUCCAGAAAGGUGUUAGGGAAGAGGAUCCGUAUGAACAAAUAACCGAUCACAUAUAUGAAGAACUACUGUCUCGUUCCCCACCUAUUUCAUCACCUUUUAGCAAUCACUGCAAUUCUGCUCAGGAUUCUGCUCAACUUAUGUCACCUGUCCCUGGAAAAUCUAUGUUUGAAGGUGCCUCGAAGGAUGAAAUCUUGGAGUACCUCCAGGAUGCACGUCGCAGGGUGGCCAACUCUGUGGAUGAGGAUGAGGACAGAGAUGAGGAACUUGAUGGUGAUCCCUUGGAUGCUGAGGUGGACCUCGAGGAUGAUGAGGAGGAGGACCAGUUAGGAGUAGAUCCACCUGAAGAUCAGUUCACGGUCCUUACUUCAAGAAACAGGGGCAACAGGUCCUCCAAUAUGAGUUCUAACUCAGACUCAUCGGAGAACAGCGGCCUCCUUCGAUCAGACAAGGAACGUUUAGUGUUUGGUGAGGUUGAAAGAACAGACUCAGGUGUGGGAUCAGAGACCAGCAAACCUUCUGUCCUGCGCCAUGGCAAACAAGGCAUUGCUACCACUCAUGGGGCCACGGCUGUGCGGGAGGGAGACCUGCCCCUCUGUGAUGACUGUGACUCCCCUGUGGAUACCCGAGUAACUAACAGCGGCGUGGUGUAUGCUCCACUCGUGUGCCGCAGGUGUUCUCGGCGGCGUGGAGAACGCAAAGAAAUUUUGACAGAAAUAAUGGAGACUGAAAUUAAGUAUGGCCAGGACCUGCGAGUCAUGAUUGACCAGUUCUACAGACCCAUCUUGGUGGCAGGGCUGUUGAGUCGGGACCAGUUGAAAGGCAUCUUUCUGAACGUGGAAGACCUGUUGGAACACAACCGGGUCUUCUCUCUGCAGCUUCGUGAUGCUCUAGAGAUUGCACUGGAACAAGGAGAUGAAGACUUGCUCACAGUAAAUGUGGCUCGCCUCUUCUUACAAGCAGCACCUAUGUUACAUGCUUUUGAGACUUACUGCGUCAGACAGGGUUCUGCCUCACUACUGCUACAGACUCUGGAGAAGGAGAGGGAGCUACUGAGAAUAUUCCUCAAAGUAUCACAGAUGGAGAACACGCUGUUAAGGCGGAUGAAUCUCCAUUCAUUUCUUAUGGUACCUGUUCAGAGAGUAACUAAGUAUCCCCUGCUGCUGGCACGCCUCUACAAGGCAACACCUCCAACUCAUGCCUCAAGGGAAGACUGUCGCAGAGCCAAGGAAAAGAUUGAAUUACAUCUGCAGCAUAUGAAUAAUGAGACAAAGGAAGUGAGUCCCACCAAACUCUGGCGACGCAUAUCCAUGAGUGUGGGCAGCGGAACACCAAUGAAGCGUUCCUCACAGUCACACAACUUCUCCAUGAACCUCAAACUCAGGAAGCUGGCCCUACAAGUCCUAGAUUGGAGCCCGGAAGAAGCAACAGUAGUGCGUGAAGGCAGGCUUUUCUGCCUCGCACCAGACUCAAACAACUGGACUCGACGGGGACGCUCCCUCAAAAUGAUGACGGUUCAGGUUCUCCUUGUGACACUUGGCACACCACGGGCACUGUUUGAGGAGGAAGUAGCAGAAGAUGGCUUAGUAAUGUCCCGUAACCUGGGUAUCAAGGAUGCUGCCAUGCUUGCUUUUAAGGAUCUAAAGGUGUCCAAGGCAGCCCUUAUAAGGCAAGAACCAUGGCACCUGAGUCGGUGUGUGGUGGCUUGGGAGGGGGAGGGUGAAGCUGAGUGCUUUGAGGUGUCAGAUCUCAAUUCCAAAGACACAUUCAUCUUCAAGGGAAGCGAUGCAGCCAGCACAGAGUCAUGGUUCCGCUACAUUCAGUUUCACGCACUCUCUGUUGGUACCUGGAAGAGGAGACGUCCUGCCCUGGCAAAUAUCAUGAUUAAUGGGAUGGGCAGGUGCUAGCUGGAGAUCUACUUUGUCAACCCAUCACCAGCAUGUCACUUGUCAAUAAAAGUGAAGUCUCAAAUUCGUUGCCUUACAUUUUUUUUUAAUGGAACUUUUAAAUCGCUACUGUUAUGAAGAGUAAUAAUUCAUUGUUAAAUAUCUGAAAAGGUGAAACCAGAGUGUGUUGACAGCAGCAAGUGGAAUGCCAAAGUGUUCUGAUUUAUAUAGUAUUUUAUUUUAAUUAUAUUUGUGACUGUGUGAUAGUUGAUCAUUAAGUUUUCCUGCCCUGGUGAUUGCAGGACAUGGGCAAUUCAUGACCUUUGAGGAAUGUAUUGUUACAUUUUCAUGUGAUCAAAAGUUCUUUAGGUUAUGAGUUUCUGUGUUUUUAUGGAAUCACUUUGGGUGGUGACCUCUGGUCACUUUAUAUUGUAUAUUUUAUUGAAAUUAUCCCAUUUAUAUAUAUGUACCAUAUGAAGAAUUUGCACGCACUUAUAGCUGUGAAGCUAAUUUUUGAAGGCAAGAGUAAGAAGCAGGAUGUGAGAGCAAGUGGGUUUGGGUAUGUCUUGAGUCCAGACAGUGGUUUUGUGGUGGUACUGCAGUGCCAAACUCAGCCAUGACUAAAGCCUGUUGAGUGCUUCUGGUCUUUGUUUUCCUAAUCCCAUGCAAUGGAUAUCUACUCACAACAUGUUUUACUUUGUAAGUAGCAACUGCCAUCAUCAUAAAUACCACACUUAGUAUUCAUAUUUUAUACAUUUAUAUUUAUACAAAGGUGUGUCAAUUUCCAAUACACAUGGAUGAGCAGUUUGAAAUUAAGUAAAAUGACAAAUGUGUCAGUCUGUCCUGCUACCUCUGACUCUUCUGUCUUACUAACAUCAUUCCUUAUAAAGCUUGUGUGCAAAACAAUAAAGAAAAUAUUUUGUU